CCUCUCGUUGGCGGCAGCUGUGUGUGUGUGUGUGCGUGUGUGUAUCCUGUACGUUUGUGUGUGCGUUGGUGAGCAUUUCGGCUUCGCAGGUGAACGCGGUGGUGUCUUGGGAUGUUGCAAACCUCUUCUGGGUGACGACGAGGGGCGGGAAGCCUGCUUGUCUCGCUGGGGAGGGGGGGUGCAUUGUUGGGUUUUGUUGUAUUUGGGAAACAUCUCCAAGAGAGCCUCCCGCUUGGACGAGACGACGCUGCAACCUCAUCGUCUGCCUCUCUGGAUUUUUGGGAGCGAGAGCAUCAGCGGGACAUCUUUUUCUUGAUUUUAUUUUUAGUCAUUACUCCCCACCCCCCACCCCCCACCCGGCUGUGUUGGAAUGUGGGAGGCUCUCGGCAGCGUCAGCGCUGAGCAGACAGCUUGGAGAAAUGUGAUCCAAAGCCGGGUGCACAAGGAGCAGGAUCAUGCGUUGCUUUAGCGGAUUAAUCCGCCCUGUGAUAGCACUGCGUGACAACACCCCCCCCACCACCACCACCCCUCCGCCUGCUGCACUUUGAAUUGUUGCUGUUUGCAUCCGGACAACAACUGGAAUUCUACUAUGUCUCUUUUUUAGGUAAAGACAGAACAAGGUGGUAAAGAAGCAAAGGGAAUUGUUGGGAGUGUUGGGAGGAGUCCCAAAGGAGACAGGAUUGUAGCUCUGCGGGACCCUGACGGGGCAAAAGCUGAGGGAUCAUCCUGCAUCUGGGAAUGCCAUAUUUUCCUGCGCAAGAACCCCCCCACCCCCACCCCCCACACACACAGACACACAUGAAGUCAUGGUGGGGCGUUCAUGCUAAGUAGAAAUCGCCUUGGAUUUUUGCUGCAGCACCGUCGGAUGCCAGCCUUUUCUCCCUUCCCACCCUCGUCUCCCUUCCGUGUCCCUCUUUCUUCCUCCCCUCGCCCACUGGCAUCUUCCCGCUGUAAGCGUCCUCUAAGUUGAGAGUUGGGCAGGACUCGAGGCAGACUAAUCGUCCACGCCAGCUCAUCCUUGUCUGCAUACCCCUUCUGUUCUCUCCAUCCUUGGAAUACUCGUGUGUUACUUGAGUGCGGAAUUCCAAUUGUCAGCGUUCCCUUCUUCUCUCCUCCAUGUCCAACGUCGUUUGGAAUCUUUGUGACCCAUGCCUAUCGCAGGAUUAACCCCCCAUGAGCCAUAAAGGAGCCCAGGGCAGGAUGACCGAGUGCUCUGGGGCCACCGGGACCGGGUCAGUGAUCCUGGAGGAACCUGAGGGAUUGGUGUCUUCGGGGGUCCGUGGCGAGGGCCAGGCCCGGGAUGAGGGCCCGUUUCGGUGUGCCCUUUGGCCCCGCCAGCAGACGUGGCUGUGCGUGGUGCCCCUCCUCAUCGGCUUCAUCGGCCUGGGAUUGAGUCUGAUGCUGCUCAAGUGGAUUGUCGUGGGAACCGUGCGGGAUUACGUGCCAACGGACCUUGUGGAUGCUAAUCGAAUAGGACAGGAUCCCAUUUUCCUCUCCAAGCCCAGUGGGAUUCCUAAAGGUCCCGAAACUACCACCGCAACUGCCACUCCGACAGCUGAUGACAGGAAUGUCACGCCUAAAACAGUGACGGCGGUGAAAGGUAGAACUCGAACCACUGCUACCACAACCACUAACCCGAGAGGGGGCGCAGCCUCAGGUAGCCUAGCGACCCCUCGCAUUCCUGGAAAUCGUAACGGACGCGUUCCAGUGGGUUUUACGACAGUGGCCGCGCCGCCACGGACAACCCUCAGAAACGGAGCGCAGACAUCGAGUCCGUCUCCGUCCAACCCGACCGUGCUCCACGACUCCACUCAGAUGUGGACUUCAGACCACACCACUACCAAGGUCACAUUCACCACAACUACCACCCGCAGGCAUGGACACCGCAAAACACCUUCCCCGACCGUCCCGCCGCUGCACUCGGAGCACUUCAAGCCGUGCCACGACAAGGACUUGGCGUACUGCCUCAACGGGGGCGAGUGCUUCGUCAUCGAGACGCUCAGCGGGCCUCACAAGCACUGCAAGUGCAGAGAAGGCUACCAGGGGAUCCGCUGUGACCAGUUCCUGCCCAAGACCGACUCCAUCCUGUCUGAUCCAAACCAGCUUGGCAUUGAGUUUAUGGAGAGUAAAGAAGUGUACAAGAGGCAGUUGCUGUCAAUCACAUCCAUCGCCAUGGCGAUCGGCCUCCUGGGAGUCCUUUGUGUCGCCCUCUACUGCCGCAACAAGAGACGGCGAGAGAAGCUUGAAGCUCACCUGAAGGACACGCGACACCUGAAAGACUACACAAACUCUCAGUAUUCCAAAGGGGCGGGUGUGUGUCGCCAUGGUGACGUGUGUGAGUCCAGCUUUGCUAACAUCAGAACCACACCAACCGGCUGCAUCAAACACACGGCGGAGCAGAGGAGUCGGGGAGCUCAUUGGUCCGCCCACCCCCGCAGGACUCCGCCCAUUCCUAGAGGACGGUCCAAGAGUUCUGGUCCCGCCUACCAACACCUCCAGGAAGUGGAGCUGACUGAGAAGGAAGCACAACAAGGGGACACGGGGGUAUGCUGCAGCCUAUCCCAGCUGACUUCGGGCAAGAGGCGGGGGGUCGUCCAGCAGGGGGAGCCACGUCGCCAUGAGCCCAGACAGGACGCCGUCCGAAAUAUGCAAUCAUCAGCGUCUGUCCGAGCGCCGUGGAGCGACCACACCGUGACGCCCUUGGUCUUGCAUGCUCCAGGUCCCGCCGGCGCCCCCCGCAGCCUGCAGAGGCCAAACUGUGGCCGCUGCCCCGCAGUCGCCUCGCGCUCGGCCUCCAUCCCCAUCAUCCCCUCCGUCCAGGGUCGCCAUGACGACGAGCUUUCUUGUAUGCAAACCGCCCCGGCCACCACUAUGAUGUCAACGGAAGAGCGGAGGGAGCGGCGGCGGCGGGAGGACGACGUGGCGCUCCUGCUGGACGAGGCACAGGAGCAGCUGAGGGCGUUGGCGCGCAGGAGGCAGGAGGACCACGCCCCCGCCGCGCCGCAGGCCAGAGAAACUGUUUGCUUCCUCAACCUUCAUGUGGGCGGAGCCGGCAAGCUGCUGUGUGACGGACCAGCCCACACCCAGUUACUAAGCCCCGCCCCCCACAGAGACCUGGGCCAAUGAAAAAACGAGAAAACAUGCCAUCGCUCUCUCUCUCCGUGUGACGCUCUUCUUGUCUUCUGCAAGACGUGAGCGCUUUAAAAAAAAAUCAUCAUAGAAAUUCUGGAAAAGUGCUGACGGACACAAAGAUGGCCGCCGCCGCCGCCGCUGCCCUCACUGGGAAGAAGGAAGAAUAUUCCCAGGCAUUUAUUUCCCAGACAAAAGAAAGACUCGACCAAAAGAUACCAAAUAGUCCGUCAAUCCAUGGUGGUUCUCCGUGUACAAAGAAUAUAUGAAUAUAUAUAAAUAUCCUAUCGAAUAUAUGGAAGUCUACAAGUCACCAACGACGGGAAUGAUACACGUCUUUCUUUUUCUUCUUCUUCUCCGUUUUCUAUCAACAUCCUCACGUUCCCUUCUCUUCGCACAGGAAGGCGGAGCCUCCCGGACGAUCCCCCGCUCCAUGCCCCGCCUUUUUCAAACUCGUCAGCCAAGAAUCACAGUGUGUGUGCGUGUGUGUGUGCGUGUGUGUGUGCGUGCGUGUGUGUUGCUAACGAUCACACAGACUCCUGUGUUUGCACAAGGACAUAAGGACACAAGGAGAGAAAGACACAAGGAUGCGAGGCGGACAAGAGGAAUUUCUGAUUGUUUGAUUUGUUGUCAUUUGAUUUUCCAUCUUUGUUGGUGAUUAGCAGCGCCACCUUGUGGGCUGCUUGGGUGUUGAAAGAAGAAAUAAAUGUCUCUAUGUUGUAU